AUGAAGAGCAAGCGCGCAACAGAGGCCACCGAGGUCGUCGACAAGCCUGACGUCUCCAUCGACGCUGAGGCACCCGCUAAGAAGCGCAAGCGCAACGAGGAUGAUGGCGCCGAUCUGAAGAAGGCUAAGAAGGAGAAGCGAGACAAGAAGUUCAAGAAGGAGUCGCGCAAGGAGCGCAAGGAUAAGCGCAAGGAUCUCCAGAACCUUCCCGAACAAGACGACGAGGAAGAGCCGGCCGAGGAUGCUACAAUGGCCGGUACUGAGGACAAGCCUGCGGAGGCGCCUGUAGAUGCUGAAAAGGCUGCGAAGAAGGAAAAGAAGAAGAAGGAGAAGAAGGAGAAGGCAAAGAGCGAAGAGACACCAAAGAAAGAAGACGCCAGCGCCGAAGCUGAGACCAAGGAGGAACCCAAGAAGAGCAAGAAGGACAAGAAGAAGCAAAACAAGUCCGCCAACGACGAACCUGUGGCCGGCGCCGAAGCGGAUGCCGAUGCAGCUGGUACGACCGCAGAGGGCAAAGCAGACCGUCAUAUUGUCUUUGUCGGAAACCUGCCUUUCACCGCCACCGCCGAAACCAUUAAAGCCCACUUUGCCUCUCUCAACCCCGUUGGAGUUCGCUGCAUGAGCGAUCCCAAGGACUCCAAGCCCUGCCGUGGCUUUGCCUUUGUCGAGUUCGAGAAGGUCUGGCAUAUGCGAACAUGUCUCGAUAAGUUCCACCACUCCGAGUUCACGGACGGUACCUCGUACCCACGUCGCAUAAAUGUCGAGUUGACUGCCGGCGGAGGCGGAAAGACAAAGAAGCGCCAGGACAAGAUCAAGGAGAAGAACCAGAAGCUCAACGAAAACCGCACCAAGAGAAUUGAGCGCGAGAAGAUAGCAAAGGAUGAGAACAAGGGCAGCGGCGACACUCGCCAGGCGGGCGCGGAUGGCAUCCAUCCUAGUCGCCGUGCACACGUUCCUGGCAAUGCCAGAUAG